AUGAAAACAAGCAAGAAAACUAUCACAAUCAACUUGACCAGAAAUGACAGUAAAAUUGCUUCGGCGAGAGGAGCAGCAUCGAAGCCUUAUUCAUUCCAUGGCGGUAUGACGACGACUAAUCUUUUGUUCGCAAAGGCGGGAAAACCUUUACAAGAUCGGGCCGAAACUGUAGCCUUUAUGAAAGUGCUAAUGGGUCAAGAGCAAGCAGUCGAUGGCUGCAACGACGGUACAUCUUCGGCACCACGUCCCCAGCGUCCUCAACUGUCAAACGUACAUGGCGCCGGGCUUCUGCUGAUCUCUGAUAUACCAGAUUCAUGUAGAAAUAAACAGGGCGUCGUUGUAGGAAUAGACGAAGCAGGACGAGGCAGCAUCCUCGGACCCAUGGUUUACGGUGCCGCCUUCUGGAACCCGUGCGAUGAGGACCGCAUUCCGAACGAUUUCAAUGAUUCCAAACAGCUUUCGGAAGACAAGCGUGCUAUGUUGCUGCACAAAAUUAUGUACGACACUCCCGAGAUGGGAUUUGCCGUGCGCGUCUUACACGCCAGUGAAAUUUCCCGAAACAUGCUUCGCACCGAAUCAUACAACCUGAACCAAAUGUCACACGACGCGGCGGCUGGUAUCAUUGAACAUCUUCUGGAAGCGGGAGUUCAAAUCGGGGCUUGUUUCAUCGAUACGGUCGGAAAUGCGGAUCACUACAAACGAAGGCUGCAGCAAGAAUUUCCAGGCAUUGACUUUACUGUAGAAUCCAAGGCUGACGCCAAAUACCCACCUUGUUCCGCUGGAUCUGUCGUGGCUAAAAAUGUUCGUGAUCGCAUGAUGGAGAGUUUUCAGUAUUCGGAGAUGAGUCUGAAACGCGACCCGAAAUUUGGCUCUGGCUAUCCCUCAGAUCCUGUGUGCAAAGACUGGAUGGAAAACAACCAAAAUUGUAAGGUAUUUGGAUAUCCAGACGUUGUGCGAUUCAGUUGGAACCCGGCGAAAAAAGCGUUAGAAAGGAACGCGGCUUCGGUCCUAUUUCAGGCCGACAUAAUCGACGAAGACGAGGAAGGAGAAUACUGUAUUGGAAAGAAGCAACAGCAAACGCAAAUGAGUGCAUUUUUGGGGAAGCAAGACGCGACACGUAAACGAAAGCGAUAUCCGUUUUUUGAACGUAAUCGACUCCAAGUCGUAAACAAGCUAUUCUAA